AUGGUGGUCUUUUUUAAUGACAUCCGUGGUUACCAUACUUGGAAAUUUUCAACAGUUCUUGUUGCAACUGAUGUAGAUGCAGAUUGGGUUUGUUUACCCAUUUGUUAAACUUGCCUUGACCUCAACCGUGUGAUUUUGUUUGGGUUCAUCAGAAUGUAAGUUAUGAAUUGGCCUUCCUUGUUUGACAUUUGGCAGGGUUUGGUCACUUUUUUCCUAGCACCCACCCAUGUUGAGUAUGAGCAGUGUGUUCAAGGCUUUUGUUCGCACAUUCUUUUUACAUAUUUUUUUAGUUUAAUUAUGUAGAAAAGGAAUUCGUAGGUGUUCUCAGAAAUUGAAGCCAGCAUGCUUUUGGGCAUCUGCAAAAGAUUCUAGAAAGAUGAGCUUUGCUUUUGAGAAAUAUGAUCAUAUUGAGCAUCCCAUCUUAUUCAAAACAGAAGGAUGACACUUUUCCUAGCAAAAGUAUUUGACCACAUUGCCCAAAAGUAAUGAACAACAAGUCGAGUAGACUCAUCUAUUCUAACGCUCUCUCUCAUGUGUGAGCCAUUAUUUGAGCGUUGACUUGUGGACAACAGAAGUGUAUCACGCACAGAGCAAGGGCAAUCGUUGACUUUGGUGAAAUUUUUAAAUUAUUCAUCCUCCAAACCUUACCAGAAUCUGCAACAAGUGGGGGAUGCCCAUCUGUCGUCCGUAUCCUUUUUUUUAUUUUUCUUUUCUUUUAUAGUAGUCCUUUUCUAGAAUUGUCAAAUCCUCACUUAUGGUCUCCCAUGCCCAUCUUUCUUUAGGUCGAUCUUCCUCCGGGCAUGACGAAGGAUGUCAACAUAACAGUGAAGGGGGGAAAUGAAAAUUGCUCCCUCAAGCUGUCCCCAUCUCCUGCGGCCAAGGCUUACUCGUUUCCAUACGUCAAUCGUGUUACUCCAGUCCACGGCAUCUAUGUGGCUUCCUUCACUAUUAUUUUCAUUGGGGGUGUGUGGGCUUGCCGCAAGCUCAGGAACAGGGGAAGGGCAGGUGGCGCUCGAGUGGCGUACCAGCAGCUUGAGAUGAGCUCUGAACGCCCACCUGCAACUCUGACUAACGAUGAUCGAGUCGAUGGAUGGGACGAGCAUUGGAGCGACGACUGGGAUGAGGAAGAAGCGCUGCCGAGGCCAUCAGAGGGAGGAGGAGGAGGAGGACGCCCUGUCAAGUCUUCUUCUGAUAGAAAUGAGUGGGAAGAUUGGGAUGAUUAG